CUGGCUCUACAGAACCGGCAUUCAAAAAGCAAUUAUUCCUCAUGCAUCAGACAGAAAAUAUGAUAAUCAUGGUGUAGGAAAGAGGCUGAACCAGAGGCUGAGCCAGAAAAGAAAGCAAAGCCAAUGUGAAAUAUUGAAUGAAGAUAGUGGACAAUUACGACCAACUUGUUCCCAGUCUGAAUUAUACAGUCUAAGCUGGAACUGCCACGUGAAAAUGACACAGCAAAUGCAGAACUUGCACCUUUCGCAGCCAAAAAAUAACAGUGGGCCGUCUUCUCCGAAUGCUGCUAAACGACUGUAUCGCAACCUCUCCGAGAAGCUGAAGGGGAGUCACGCAUCUUUUGAUGAGGCGUAUUUCAGGGCCAGAUCAGAUCGACUCAGUCUCCGAAAGACUUCUGUGAAUUUCCAAUGCAACGAAGCUAUGUUUGAGGCGGUGGAACAGCAGGAUUUGGACGCUGUUCAGAUUCUCCUCUAUCAAUAUACACCAGAGGAGCUGGAUCUAAACACGCCGAACAGUGAGGGGUUAACUCCCUUGGAUAUUGCCAUCCUGACAAACAACGUGCCUAUCGCUAGGAUCCUUCUGAGGAUUGGCGCAAAAGAAAGCCCACACUUUGUUAAUAUGGAAAGCAGGUCAAUGCAUCUGAGCACCUUGGUCCAGGAAGCCCAGCAGCGAGUGAGUGAGCUGUCUGCACAAGUGAUGAGUGAAGGUCUUAGUAUGGACAACACAGACAAAGAGAAGCAACUAAAAGCGUGGGAGUGGAGAUAUAGGCUAUACAAGCGCAUGAAAGCAGGCUAUGAGCAUGCCAGAGCCCCUGAGGCGCCAACCAAUGUCUGUUUCAUGGUAACAAGCAGCACAUCACUCACUGUCACCUUCCAAGAACCUCUUAGCGUCAACUCGGCUGUAGUGACCAAAUAUAAAGUGGAAUGGAGCUGUUCUGAAGACUUUUCUCCGUUGGCUGGGGAAAUAAUCAUGGACAAUCUUCAGUCUUUGAGAUGCACUAUCACAGGCCUCAGAAUGGGCCAAAGUUAUUAUGCUCGUGUGUCAGCAUACAACAUGAAGGGAUGGGGACCUUCACAGACUACCACUCCUGCCUGUGCUUCUCCUUCUAACUGGAAAGACUGCGAUGGCAGAGAACCUAGGCACUGGGGACGUACUGAAGCCCUGGAACGUCUCCUUCAGCAGGUUCGAGCGGCUCAUCAGCAUUUUAGUUGCCGAGAAAGUUCUAAACUACAUAAUGCUGGUCGCAAGCAAUCAGUCUCCAGGAGCCUGAAGCAUCUUUUCCAUUCUUCAAACAAGUUUGUGAAGACUCUGAAACGUGGACUCUACAUAGCUGUCAUAUUUUAUUACAAAGACAACUUGUUAGUAACCAAUGAAGAUCAAAUCCCAAUUGUGGAAAUUGAUGACUCACACACCAGUUCCAUUAUGCAAGAUUUUCUGUGGUUCACAAAGCUGUCUUGUAUGUGGGAUGAUAUCAGAUGGCUGAGGCAGAAUAUGUCCAUAUCCAUGUCCUCAUCAACAGCACUUCAAGCCAGGCAAAAGAUGGUUUCGGCAACUGCACAGUUACAGAACUUGCUGGGAACUCACAACUUAGGCAGAGUUUAUUACGAGCCGAUCAAGGACAGACAUGGCAAUAUCCUGAUAGUUACAAUAAGAGAAGUAGAGACUCUCUAUUCAUUUUUUAAUGGCAAAUGGAUGCAAAUAUCCAAGCUACAAAGCCAGAGAAAAUCCCUUUCAACUCCCGAGGAGCCAACGGCAUUAGACAUCUUGCUCAUAACGAUCCAGGACACACUUUCCUAUCACAGAAGAAGCCAGCAGCGUCUCCCUCCUGGCUUGUAUCUGGGUUACCUGAAACUCUGCAGCUCCGUAGAUCAAAUCAAAGUCCUUGUACUGCAAAAACUGCCCAACAUUCUGUGUCAUGUUAAAAUUCGAGACAACAGCAAUGUUUCCAAAGAUGAGUGGGAAUGGCUCCAAAUGCUUUCUGGCUUGGAAUCGGUGGAAAGUGUGGAUCAUGCUUCAGACUGCCCUACUUGGUUGUUCUUCUCUGAGCUCCAGAUGGCAGUGAAAGCUCUCCUCAAACAGAUCAAUCUACCUCUGCGACAGGCUAAGCACUUCCGUCUGUAUACACAGGAGGUGUUGGAACUGGGUCACAAUGUCUCCUUUCUUCUCCUGCUCCCCGCCUCAGACGACGUCUGCACUGCCCCAGGACAGAAUAAUCCUUACACCCCACAUUCAGGAUUUCUUAACCUCCCUCUUCAGAUGUUUGAACUCGUUCAUUUUUGCUGUUACAAGGAGAAAUUUUUUAGUCUGUAUUGCCGCCUUUCUGCUGUCAUAGAGCUGGACUCUCUGAAAACCCAGCAGUCCCUAAGGGAAGCAAUUUCAGACGGGGAAGUUGCUGCUGCCAAACAAAGACACCAGCAAGUUUUAGACUAUAUACAGCAAAUCGACGAGAUCUGGCGUGAAAUGAGAUGGAUCACAGAGGCGCUGCAGUAUGCCAGGUACAAACAGCCAGUGGCUGGCUUGCUCAUAACUAAGCUUGUGGACCUGUCAGAAGAGCAGAAUCAGAAGAAAAUAAAUUCAACAUCCUCUCAUCUAGAUUGUCUUCCAUCACCACCACCCUCACCAGAGACCAGGAGCCAGAGGAGAAAAGCCCUGAGUGAUUCCCAGCCCUGCUCGGACGAGGAAGGCUGCUCUGAAGUAUUUCUUCCAACUGACAGCGACUAUGAUUCUAGUGAUGCAUUGAGCCCCAGAGAACUGGAUUUGGUUUAUUCAUCUUCACAUGACAUAUCCCAACAGGCAGCGGGUGGUCUGGGUGGCAGUGCACCUGACGUCCUCCAGGUCCAUGAUAUGAAGCCUCACCUGACUUUGAAAGAAGACCCGAAAGGGGGAAGUGACUUGGAUGCCAGUGCCGAAUACUGCACAGAGUACAUGAACAGUCUGACCAUGGGAGGGUUCACGUCAAAAAGCCUGGACAAGACUUCCAACUCCAGGCAGCCUUUGAGUUUCUUGGGGAAAAAAAAAAAGCUAGGGAAACAUCAGCACUAUAAUUACUUCAGCCGGCACCAUCGCUGGCUGCGAGUGCACAGCGAGACACAGCCCGCCUCUCUUUCCGAGGGUGUGUACACACAGCAUCUCACAGGAGCCACGGAAUUAUCACAGGAGCCUACCUCCAGCGAGCAAAUAAGGAUCCCCAUCGAUGGUCCUCGGAGCACUUUCUUACCUCAUGCUUCUAGCCUCCCAGAAGAUGGGAAAGGCAAGUACCAUGAAUCGAAGCCGAAUAUCCGUAGGAUCUACGUGGAGCCCUACAAAACCACGUUAUUAGGCGAAGAGGGCAAGCCCUGGGUGCUGAGCAUGCAGUCUGUAGAACGUGGAGAUUUGCACGAUACCACAGGACAAGAAAUGGGUUUGGAUGAUCAAUCAAAUUCUCCCAUCUCUGAAGUAUUCAGUAGCACGCUUUAGGAGU